AAAUCAACUCAGAACGGUGGAGGGAGGGAGAGAGAGGGGGCAGAAAACGCCCUGGAAAUCUGGUUGAUCAAGAAAUCGAAAAAGACUGACAGAGUCCUAGCAGACUGCGAAGGCGUGACAGUGUGAAAGUGUUUUUCUUGGAGUGAGGAGAAGUGGAGAAGUUUUCAAGGAUGCUCAAGCAGGCGUGAGGCUUCUAGGGCGCUAAGGCUGCGCACAGAAGUCAAGAAUACAAGAACAGAAGCAAUAAACUGAAGCUCCUUGGCUUUGCUUGAGCAAUCCAAGGAAAACAAAGAGAAUUUGUGCUACAACGAGGCUUGAAUUGAAGAAAACAAAAACAAGAUGGCUGACGAAGAGGAGACAAGGGAGGUACUCUUUCCAGAUUGGGAAGGUGCUGACAAAACUGGCAUGACCAUUGAACAGACAAGUGGAGGACAGCUCUUUGUUAAGGAGGUGAAAGGAGAGUCACCAGCAGCACGGUCUGGAAAAGUAUAUGAAGGUGACCAAAUUGUGGGUGCCACUAUCUACUUUGAAAAUAUGAGUUCUGAAGAAACAGCAGAGCUACUAAAGACACUGAACAAACACAAGGUUGGACUGAAACUACAAAACAAAGGAGACAAAUCCCCUUACUACUCACCGCUGAGCACACCAUGUCGUUCACCAGUCAGCACCCUUACAUGGGAAGGAAAGACCCGCUUUGGAGAUUCCAGUCCAGAUAUCAUUCUUAGUGGGGAUGAUGAAGAUUAUAAGCGAAUAUACACAAGAAAGAUAAAACCAAGGCUGAAAUCUGAAGACCUUGCAGAGGGAGUGGAUGUUCGCACGGAGCGGCACAGCAGCACAAGCAGCGAUGGCAGCACAAUUACUACCAUCACUCGUCGUAUCACUACUUACACAGUAGAUAUGCCAAGUGGCAUAAGUGAGCAACUUGAACUUUCAAGCCCAGACGUCAAAGGGCUAAGGCAUGAAUCUGGAGAUGGAUCUUCUCAUAUCAGAAUCUCACAUGGCAGCCCUUCAGGUAAAAUGGGAGCAGAAGAAGGUGUUUUUGAGUCAGGCGACAUAACUUACACUGGGCCAAAUAUCACUUCCACUGUGACACGCUGGGGCAAUGGUGGGGUUCAAACUACAACGCAUAUAGGAGAGGAAAAAGAAAGAAGUGAUCUUAGAUUUAAGGUUCCUAGCUUUGGAGUAACAGGUAGUAAAUGCCAUGAAGGCACUGAAACUUCAAGAGGGAGUAGCGAGCAAGGAGAUGAAAGUGUUCAGGAUUCAGAAAUGACUGUGACACUAAGAGACAACAAAAACACUGCCGGCAGCCAUGUUACAGCUGGGUCAGGGGGUGCUGGGAUAAUUUCAACUGACGAAAACGGAGGGUCGGGUAGACUGUCUUUACCAGGAAAAGGAAUGAAAAUUUUGACUGCAACCACAGAGAAAACACAGAUGGGAAGUUCAGACAGUACUUUAGAUGAGAGGACAAAAGUUAAGAUAUCUGGAAUUACAAUCAGUCCCCUGCAGACGAAAGGAUCAGGUAGUACUGACAUUCCACAUAUCAGAAUAGGAGGGUCGACAGAUACUGGUGCAAAUUUGAAAGAUGGCAGGAUAGAAAAAUCAACAAUAACAUUAGAUAAUGUUACCUCGGGACUUUCUUCAAAAAAAUCUGAACUGGACAUCAAAGGAGCCGGUGUUCAGAUCAAGGGCCCCAGAGCCAACACUGAAGGGUCAGUUUUGAGUGUAAGACAUUCAGAGUCUGAAAGUGACAUCGGAAGUGCUGAAAUCAACUCUAAUAUUCAAAUCAAACUCCCAACAACUGAUAGCAAAUACAAAAUGGAUGUUAAUGUUCCAUCCAUAUCUGGGCUGAAUAAGGUUGAGGGAAAAGGUGAUUUAACUGGUGAGAGAAAAACAGCAGGACUGAAAUUUGACAUUAAAGGUUCAAAUACAGACACUGAGAGGAAAGAGGGAACAAACGCUCAUGUACAAAUUCCUGAAGCUGACAUUAAAGCAAUAAAACCUUCUAUUGACAGUAAGGAUGUAAAAAUUAAAGGACCCAGUGUUGAUAUUAAAAGAACACAAGUAAAUGUCACAGUGCCUGCUGCAGAAUUUGGAGUUCCAAAAGCAGAGCGUCUAGAUGUUGAUCUAAAACUUUCCAAAUCCAAAACUGACACCAAAAUACCUAAAGUUGAAAAUAAAGCAGGGAUAAAAGGGGAGAUAAAAACACACGAGAUUGAUGUCAAAGGUCUAGAGAUAAACCUUCCCAGGACUGGUAUUGAUGUUAAAGCACCUGAUUUUGAUAUUACAGGACCGCAAGUGGACACAGAAGACCUUGAUGUGAAUCUCAAAGGAUCAAAAAUAGAAGUACCAUCAUUGUCGGGAACUAAACUGAAAGAUUUGGACAUGAGUGUGAAAGGUCCCAAAAUGAAGGGAAAUGUUGAUGUACCAAACCUUGAGAGGGAUAUAAAAACUCCAAAAAUGAAGAUUGAAGGAAAAGAAAUUGACAGUGAAGGCCAAACCAGUGGACUUAUUAUGUCCAAUAUUAAAAUGCCAUCUCUUUGCAUAAAAGGUCCAAAGCCUGAAGGUCAGGAUGUGAAUAUUAACCUUUCCAAGACUGAAAUUAAUGUUAAAGCACCUGAAGUCGAUGUAUCAUCAUCACGGGGACCCAAAUUGGAGGAGUUCAACAACACUGUAAAAGGGCCAAAACUCAAGGGAGAUGUUACUGUAUCAGCUCCAAAGAUUGAGGGAGACCUACAAGCUCCAAAAGUGGACAUUGAAGGAAGAUAUGUUAAUAUUGAGGGUCAUAAAGGGGGACUUAAAAUGCCCAAAGUUGAAAUGUCAUCCUUUGGUGUGAAAGGUCCAAAGGUUGAAGGUCCAGAUGUUGAUGUCAGCCUUCCUAAAGGGGAUAUUGAAAUGAAAGCACCCGUUGACAUUAAAGGAGCGGACAUUGAUGUUGAAGGUCCGAGUGGAAAGAUCAAAGGACCAAAAUUCAAGAUGUCAGGUAUGUCCGGGCCGAAAAUUUCCAUGCCUGAUGUGGAUUUCAAUCUGAAAGGCCCCAAAGUUGAAGGUGAGGUGGAUGUUCCAAAGAUUGAAGGAAGAGUGAAAGCACCGGGAGUUGAUAUUAGUGGACCAGACCUUGAAGGUCCUGAUGUAAAAUUGAAAGGGCCAAAGUUCAACCUUCCAUCACUUUCAGGACCCAGUCUACCAGACUUCGACAUUAAUUUGAAAGGCCCCAAAGUUAAGGGAGAUGUCUCAGCUCCAAAGGUUGAGGGAGACAUCAAAGGCCCCAAGAUGGAUAUCCAAGGUCCAGAGAUUGACAUUCAAGGACCCAAAAGUUCACUUAAUAUGCCCAGUAUUAAAAUGCCAUCUUUUGGUUUCAAAGGUCCAAAGGUUGAGGGUCCAGAUGCUGACAUACACCUUCCCAAGGCCGAUAUCAAUGUAAAAACACCGAAAGUUGAUAUUACAGUGCCAGAAGUUGAAUGUUCCUAUGCAAAACCAAAAGGACCCAAAAUGAAACUUCCAUCAUUGUCUGGACCUAAGUUGGAGGGCCCCGACAUUAACAUUAACAUUCCCAAACCCAACAAUGAAUUUAAAACAUCCGAUAUUGGAAUUGACCUCAAAGGGCCUAAAGUUAAAGGUGAAGUGGAUGCAUCGGUGCCCAUGUUUGAAAGUGACAUAAAAGGUCCAAAUGCUAACAUCUCUAAUGAUGAUGAAAAGACUGCUGUUACCUUUCCUAAGUUUAAAGGUCCUAAGUUUGCAAUGAAAACCCCAGUUCUCGAAGAGUCUAAAUCCAAUAUCAAGAUGCCCAGUACAGCACCAAAAAGUCUCAAAACAGAAGUUAGUUUCCCAGACACUGACGCAAGUGUUGAUGCCCCUGAUAUUGACAUCAAUGUAAAAGGGAAAAAAGGAAAAUUUAAACUUCCAAAAGUUAAAGGAAAGGCAAAGAAACCUGAUGUUGACAUAGAAACACCAGCAACAGAAAUCAAUGCAGACAUAACAAACAGUUAUGCUAAAGGAACAAAAACAAAGAAGUCUCGGUUUGGAAAGCUUCAUUUUCCUGAUGUAGAAUUAGAUAUAAAAUCACCAAAACUAAAAGGAGAUGGAUCUUUAUCUGCCAUUGAUGGCUCUGGCAGUCAUAGUGCAAAUGUUAACUUGGAAGGGUCGAACAUGAAAGUAAAAUCUUCUAAUAUUAAAAUGCAAAGCGGGACUGAUUCAGAAAUAAACGCAAGUGCUUCAGGAGGAAGUGCAAGUGGUGGCCUUCAGUACCCAGAGGGUAAAGUCACAUUUACCAAAAUCACAAUGCCAAAGUUUGGCAUUGUGUUGCCACAGGUGGAAACCAAAGAAAGUGGAGGAAAUAUUGAAUCAGAACCUGCAGCUAGUGUAGACAUCAAGACAGAAUCUCCAUCUAUUAGUUGCCAAGUCAGUUCUCAAAAUAUUGAGGUUCCCAGUCCAGAGCUGAGACAAGAAGGCAAAGUUAAGGUAAAGAUGCCAAAAAUUUUUGGCAAAUCAAAAGCGAAGGGCAGUAGUGUAGGUGACCUUCACGGAUCAGAGGCAGAAUUAAGUAGCAGUGGAAAAGCAGGUAAGACCUCUAAAGAGCUAAGUGUACAUUCUGGGGAAAUGAUGGGUGGAAAAAUAGAAUUAGAGGGUGAUCCAGGACUGGGUUUGUCAACUAAAGGCAAAUCGGCCUCACUUGAUCUUUUUAAGAAAUCAAGACAUCGAUCUUCCUCUUUCAGUGAUGAGGGGGGAGUUAGUUCUCCUUCAGCUCAAUUAGAGGCUGAAGGUGGUGACAUUUCUUUAGAUCUCGGAAGCAAGGUCAAGGGAAAGAAAGGCAAGCUUAAGUUUGGUACUUUUGGAGGUUUUGGUUCAAAGUCAAAGGGCUCAUAUGAAGUGACACUGGGAGAUGACAGUGAAGCACGAAUGGAGGGGAGUGCAGGUGUUUCGCUACCUGCUAAAAAAUCAAGACUGUCUUCAUCCUCUAGCAGUGAUAGUGGUUCAAGAGGUGGUUUCAGGUUCCCCAAAGUUGAGCUAUCAGUUUCACCCACAAAGUGAUAAAGAGACAAAUUAAAACCUCAAUUGCAACCAAAUGUUUUCUCCUAAUAUUGAAAAUUGCUCUUUGUUUCUUUAAAACCUAAGGAGACAUGCACAAUCAUCUCAGUGUGGUUAAUUAUGAAUAUCUUUUAGUAAUCAAACAGAAGUGCAUGAGAUUGUUUAAAAUCCCUUCAAACUGUAAAUAAGAUUAAUUUGUAAUAAUAAAUAUUGUUUUUUGUAUAUAGUCCAGAUUUAAUAAAUAUAUGCCAUCUCACAUCAAUAGUUUGUUACAGGGUUUUCUCACUGUGUUCUUUUUCAUUCUAUUAAAUAAAUGUUAAUGAAUGGUUGUGGUAUAUUUGUGUCCAGGGGUCUAUUGCACAGAACCAAUAUGUUUUUUUUAAAGAUUAAAAUGUUGUUUAUUCACUCAAAUACAGUUACCUUUUUAAGUAGGGAGUGAUUUUAUUUUCAAACUUUAAUAAUAUAUAAUCAGUAAGUAAAGAUGCCUUUUUAUAACACAUUGUAAAGAGUGAUAAUGUAUAUACCAAUACUGCAACUGUUUUUACAUUUUCAAGUGCUGUCAGUAGUAUUCUGUUCAUUUUAAACAAAAUGUAUUUGCUUAAAUUUGCCAUUUACCACAAAUAUUCAUUUGGUUCAGUUAUUUUAAACAGGAUCUCUUUCCUAAUCAUGUGUUAUUGUCACUCAUUAAUGGUCUGUUUAAUGAUUUUAUUUCAUUCUGUCACUCUCUCUCUUUGUAUACACACCAUAUGCUUGCAUUAAGUGUCACAAAUAGUACCCCCUUGAUGUUAAUUUGUUUGCAUACAAAUUCUUUGUUGAUAGACAAAGAAAUAGUAUUGACUAGAUGCAAGAGAGAUCAUUAUUUGGGUCUAUUUUUUGUGUGCAAUCUGCCAAAUAAACUAAAUAAAAAAA